AUGGAUUUCAUCAAGACCAGUUCCCUGCGUGCUCUGAUUGAGUUAACUUUCCAACGCAAUUGGAAUGGCAUCAUUUGGAUGAGUAGAAAAGGAGUUAUAACCAAAAGAGUGAAGACUGUCCAGACGGCUCUAUCGAGCAGCGCCCAACCGCGCACCGGCUGGCCGAGGAACGAACGUUCCGCGCUCGGCCACAUCAUCCGUCCGCCAAGUCCACGGCCGAGCUCAAACCGACCCGGGAAGCAACGUCCCGCGGUCGAGCCGCCUCGCCACCACAAGCGCACGACCGCGCCCGCGAGCCGGGAAGCAAGCCUCGCGGCCGCGCAACCCAUGUACCGCGGCCGAUCGCAUCCGUCCGACCGGGAAGCUCGUCCCGUCCGGCCGAAAUCAUCGGCCAAUCAUCAUCCGCCGACCACGCCGGCCGACACGAAUCUCGGCCACGACCGUUCCGACUCGGCCGACGACCCGAUGUCCGGCCGAUCGUCCCGACCGACCGUCCAACGCCGCGGUCGACCCGAAGCCCGUUUUGAAGCCCGUUUCAUGUUUUCAAGCCCGGCUUAA